AUGAAUGACCAUGGCUUCACUGUUGUGGCCUACAACAGAACAGUCACAAAGGUGGUGGAGUUUCUGAACAAUGAGGCCAAAGGGACCAGAGUCAUUGGUGCCUCGUCUUUGGAAGAUAUGGUCAACAAGUUGAAGAAACCCAGGAAAAUUAUGUUGCUGGUCAAGGCUGGCUCUGCAGUGGAUGAAUUCAUUGAUUCUUUGAUACCUUUUUUGGAAAAGGGGGACAUUAUUAUUGAUGGUGGCAACUCGGAAUAUCGAGACUCUAAUCGCCGCUGCCAGAAUUUGCGGGACAAAGGUCUCCUAUUCAUUGGGACCGGUGUCAGUGGGGGAGAGGAAGGUGCUCGUUACGGCCCAUCGCUGAUGCCUGGCGGUAACGAGGACGCAUGGCCAGCUGUCAAGGAUAUUUUUCAGACCAUAGCAGCCAAAGUUGGCAAAGAUGCAUGCUGUGAUUGGGUGGGACCAGAGGGUGCAGGCCAUUUUGUGAAGAUGGUUCACAACGGGAUUGAGUACGGAGACAUGCAGCUUAUCUGUGAGGCCUUCCAUUUGAUGAAGUCUGCUCUCGGGCUCUCUCACGACAGAAUGUCCAAGGUAUUUGAUGAGUGGAACAAAGGUGAACUGAAGUCUUUCCUCAUUGAGAUAACUAGUGAUAUCCUGAGUGCCAAGGACAGAGACGGCACAGCCUUGGUGGAAAGAAUUUUGGACUCUGCUGGUCAAAAGGGGACCGGCAAAUGGACAGCUAUUUCUGCAUUGGAAUAUGGUGUUCCAUUAACACUUAUUGGUGAAGCAGUAUUUGCUCGGUGCCUGUCAUCAUUAAAAGACGAACGGGUGAUCGCCAGCAAGCAGAUUGCUGGACCUGAAUCAAGUAGAUUUAAUGGGGAAAAAAAGGAUUUUAUUGAAGAUAUCAGACAGGCUUUGUACGCUUCCAAAAUAGUAUCCUAUGCCCAAGGCUUCAUGCUGAUGAGGGAGACGGCCAAAGAGCUCAACUGGAGGCUCAACUUUGGUUCCAUUGCUCUUAUGUGGCGUGGAGGUUGCAUCAUAAGGAGUGCUUUCCUUGGUAAUAUCAAAGAAGCUUAUGACAAGAACCCGUACCUGAGCAAUCUGCUGGUUGAUGAGUUUUUCAAGUCAGAAAUGCAGAAAUGCCAGGAAUCAUGGAGACGAGUCGUAUCCACGGCAGUACUGCUUGGUGUCCCCACCCCAGCCUUCAGCUCAGCUUUGGCGUUCUUUGAUGGUUACAGAAGUGCUGACUUGCCAGCAAACCUUAUUCAGGCACAGAGAGACUAUUUUGGUGCUCACACCUAUGAACGUAAAGAUGCCCCAGGUGUUUUUGUGCACACCAACUGGACAGGCAAAGGAGGCACCGUGUCUGCCACCUCCUACACAGCCUAA